CUUCCAAGGUGGCCGAUUUUCUUUGCUGUUGGCGCGGGCCCGCGGUUGCGGUGGCGAAGGAGGUCGACACAGAAACUAGAUAUGUCUGGGAGGCGAACGCGGUCGGAAGGGACCGCUCGGCGCUCUGAGCCCACGGCCCCAUCUUCCAAAACCCUGCGGAGGUCCCAGCGAAAAUCAGGCUCUGACCUCCUGCUUAGCGUCCUUCCUGAAAUCUCCCAGAAGGCACCCUCUGAGGCUCCAAUCAGAAAGCCCAUCGUCUUGAAAAAGAUCGUGGCUCACGCUGUAAAGGUCCCAGCUGUCAACUCUCCUCGCAGGAGCCCUGGGAUUGCUUUUUUCUUGGGAAAAGAAAACAACCCACCCAUCCAGGAGCCCAGGAAGGAAGACCUUUUCAAGACAUGUAGUGUCCCCACCACCCCCGCUCCCACUCCUGUGCUGUGCUGCUCCAACAAUGACUCCAAGGAGGAGGAAUUGGAUGUCAGAUACCUGGAAAUGUCUAGGAAAGUCAGACGCUCCUACAGCCGGCUGGACACCCUCGGCUGUGCCUCCACCUCCACUCCUGGCCUCCGGUCUUGUUUUGGCUUUGAGGAGCCUGAAGAUUUGUCUGGAGUCUCCCCUGUAGUGUGUUCAAAGUUAACUGAGGUCCCCAAAGUAAAGCCGUGGUGCCCAGACACAAAUCUCCCAGGAAUCUCUCCUCUAGUUAGAAAAGAGAAGCGAAAGAAGAAAAAAGUGCCGGAGAUACUGAAGUCGGAGCUGGAUGAGUGGGCCGCGGCCAUGAAUGCUGAGUUUGAAGCUGCUGAGCAGUUUGAUCUCCUGGUUGAAUGAGAUGAAGUGAGGUUGGGCCUGGCCAGACCCUCCCUCCUCCUUGUACAUAGCCUCCUCCCAGUGAAGACACUAGGGUACCCCCUGUUGGCUUCUUUGACCCUGUGGGUGCUGUUGUUGCCUGGGAGGCCCAUCUACCCCUGAGGGUUUAGGAAGCCCCAACACGCAGUGUCAGUUGCAGAAAAUGGGCCUCCGUGGCCCCUCGUCACCCUCUUCUUUCUGUUUCCCUGAAGUAUCUGUGGAAGCCCACUGUUGCUCCAGUUAGGAACCAUGACCUCAACCAGCUCCAGCUUCGGGCCUUAUGAAAUCUGGCUGACUUUGGGCUGUCCUUGAGUGGCCUUUCUCAGGUGCUAGGUAUCCCAUUCAGCUCUGUGAACCAUCUAGUCGCAGUCUAGGGGGCAGUGGUAGCCUUGAGAGACUAAACUGUCAGCCUGUGGAGCCCAGAUUUUGUGUUUUAUUUGUUUGGUGAACCUGAGGCUUGAACCCAGGGUCUUACUACUACCAUGAGUAUGAAGUCCUUUCUUUAUUCUUAUUAAAUUUUGAGACAUCAUCUGACUGUGUUGCCGAGGCUGGGCUCAGAUUUACAAUCCUGCCUGUCCCACAGCAUUGGAUGUGCCUCCAUACCCGGCCGGGGUCCAAGUGUUUAAUGAGGAAGGGCACCUUAACUGGGUCCUGAGUAUAAAUAUUUCCUAUUUUGGAGCUGUGUGUAAUUACAUCUGUGUUCUCCUGUUGAGGUUUUGAUAAAUGCCAGGUUGUUGGAACAUUAUUUGGCACAAAGAAGAUGCAUUCCAUGUUGCCCCAUCUCAGCUGGUCAUCUGCCCACUUGUCAUCUAUACCUUUUUGUGUGUUUUGAGACAGGAUCUUGCUAUGUAGCCUAGCCUGGCCUCAAACUCAUGAUCUUUUUCAGCCUCCCAAGUGCUGAGAUUUCAGGUAACCACAACCUGUUACCCAUACCUAUUUCUUUAAAAAUGAAUAGUACAUUCUUUGUCCCUAGAAGAAUAAAAGGUCCCAGUCCCAGGAACAUCUGCAUUUGUGCUUAUAACAUUCCUUGAGGCUUUCCUUUCAUGAGAAAGCUGCAGGGGUUGACAGCAAUUUUCCCUUUUACUUUACAAUGCUCUCCCUUGGGAUCCUGCUUCGGGGAGGUGCUGGGAGUUGAGGUGAGGUUGCACAUCAUGGCUGGGGGGGGGCUGUCAUUUCCCCUUUCCCUUUUUUGGUACUGAUGGGAGGUGUGGCUUAAAUAUUGCCCAACUGCCACUCAACAUUGGCCACUGCACUUGUGGUAUUUACAAGUUAGUGGAAGCAGGGGCUGAAGGGUGAGGCUCAGUAGGUGGCAAGUCGGCCUUGGGGGCUGAGCACUUGCUUAUGUGCUGGUUGUGGGCUCACAGGCCUGGUAAGGUGGAAGAGUUUCUGCAAGGCCUAGCAUACAGGGCUGUCCAAGGCCUCACACUGCGAUCAGGCGCCCUCACUUGGAUGAGCCCACUUGACCUUGGCUGGGCCACUCUUGAACUCUGAUUCCUGCUGGCUGGCAGGGUGAGACUCUGUGGCAGUGUCUUGCUCCUGUAGAAUCAGGAGGAGCUAGAUCACAGUGCCUUAAUCUCAUCACUGAGCCCUUUUUUGUCCCUAAGGAGCUAACUGCAUU